UGUGUGUGUGUGUGUGUGUGUGUGUGUGUGUUUGUGUGUGUGUUUGUGUGUUAGAGGUUAAACUGAAAGAAUGCUGUUCAUGCAUUAAUCUGUACUGAUAAAGAUAAAGAUCAGAAAGUUUUCACGCUCAACAUUUCAAAUAAAACAGCACUAAAGAAUAAACAGAAAGUUGUCACAUGAGCAUCUAGUUACCUGAUGCCAUUCCCGAGCGCCGCGUUCCAGAAAGGAAACCGGGUAUCCGUUGUUGUCGUGUGUGACGUAAUCAUUUUGCGACCACGGCCUUUGACCGGAUCUUUAAUUUCCACUCGUUUUCCGACAAAACUCCGCCUCCUGUAUUAGGAACCACUCAUACUAUUGGUUGCAUCACACUCACGUGUACGCCAUUUUACGUGUAUUAAGGAAGGAUUAGCCAAUUAGAGCGCCGGAGGCAGAGUUUGUUUUAAUACGGUUGGGAAAGUAAAGGACGUGUCUUUUGGGGAUUCUUAAGACCAACCGAUUUUAAAACGAGCCUUGGAGUGAGUAGUCACGAACGGAAGUCUUUCAGUUCUGUUAGAAAGCACUGAAGUGUAUUUAUCAGGUCGUGGUGUCGCGGAUAUCGGUGUGUAAGCUGCGUUCAGCGCGGUUCCUGUCAUUCAUUGCAUCAGCAGCAACGUGCUGGAGAAACCCAGGACGCAGAAUAACAACUGCUGAAGUCAAUAAGCUUCACUUCUGGAAGAGAAGUGCUUAUUAUAAUAUUAUAAUAUUUUUAAGCCACACACACACACACACACACACACACACACACACACACACACACACACACUGGUUUGGAAACACACAAGACAAGAAUCUGCAGUAUGGAUGAAGGAGAGCUAGUCGAGUAUUUCAGGAAGCAGAUGAGCCAAGAUCCAGAUGUGGCCUCGGCAGUGGCAGCUAUCCGCUCUCUCCUGGAGUUCCUGAAGAGGGAUAAGAGCGAGACCAUCGUGGGCCUAAGAGAGAACUUGACCAAAGCCAUCGGCAGGCUGGGGGAGGCCGAUUCCUCUGUGGCCGUGUCCUCAGGAGGAGAACUCUUCCUUCGGUUCAUCAGCCUCACAUCGCUGGAGCAUCCGGAUCUCUCCCAAUGCAAGAAUUUGAUGGUGGACAGAGGCGAACUUUUUCUGAAGAAGAUUUCCUUGUCCCGAGGCAAAGUGGCCAAACUUUGCCACACGUUUAUUAAAGAUGGCGCUAAAAUCCUCACGCACUCCUCGUCACGGGUUGUGCUGAAAGUCCUAGAGAGUGCAGCGGCUGACAAGAAACGCUUCACCGUCUACGUGACGGAAUCUCAGCCCGAUUCAUCCGGUCAACACAUGGCCGAAAAGCUGCGAAGACUCAGUAUCCCAGUCACGAUAGUGCUCGAUGCUGCAGUUGGAUACAUCAUGGAGAAGGUAGACCUGGUCAUUGUCGGUGCUGAGGGCGUGGUUGAAAGCGGAGGCAUUAUUAAUAAGAUCGGCACCUACCAGAUGGCGGUGUGCUCCAAAGCGCACAACAAGCCGUUUUACGUGGUGGCGGAGAGCUUCAAGUUUGUGCGUCUUUACCCGCUCAACCAGCAAGACGUGCCUGAUAGGUUUAAGUAUAAAGCAGAUACGCUGAAAACCGCUGAGGAUUUUAACCAGGAGCAUCCGAUAAUCGACUACACACCUCCGUCGCUCAUCACUCUGCUUUUUACCGACCUGGGUGUGUUAACGCCGUCGGCGGUCAGCGACGAGCUUAUCAAGCUCUAUUUGUAACCCUAAGGGCCAUUACAGAGACACACAAUCAAAUCAAGAUCCUCCUGACCUUGAUGCAAAUCCACCACGGCCAUCUCGGUUUCUCUCAGAACCGAUGUCCUUGAUUUAAAUAUGCAGGUCGAUCUGGCACUCAUGUACUAGAUGUACAGGUGAAAACUUUCUUUUUUUACACUGUGUACAGUAAUAUGGCAUAUAUCUUGGACAAGUGCAUCCUCGGUUCUUUCAUCUUUCCUACUUAAAAAUAAAAAGUUGUGAAAA